UCGGAGGGCUGACGGCCUGGGCGACAGGUUAAGAAAUCAGCGGACUAUCCUCGCCAAAUCUAAUAGCAUCGGAUUAUUCAUCUUGUCUGUGAACUUGUGCUGAUCUGCUACGGAACCCGAGACGCCUGAGAUGAUACAACAGUAAGAUGUCGGAGCUGUCGUGGCUGUAAUUGCUUAAGCAAUAUGUAAAUCUUUGCUCGUGGACAAGAUUGUUUUCGUCGAAGAAAAAAGUUGAUAUUAGCCAUGGAGCUGGAAGACGUGGAAAUGUAUGGGCACGACAAUUAUUCCUUCGACCACAACGGAACUUUAAACGGCACGUAUGAAAAUUGUCCCAACAUCAACCUCCCCGUCGUGUAUGUCGUCACACAGAUCCUCUACGCUAUAGUGUGCGUCGUCGGCCUACUUGGGAAUACGCUCGUCAUUUAUGUCGUCCUUCGAUACUCAAAAAUGCAAACAGUGACUAACAUGUAUAUUGUAAACUUGGCAAUCGCCGAUGAAUGCUUUCUCAUAGGAAUACCAUUCCUGAUCGUCACGAUGUCACUACGAGCUUGGCCAUUCGGAAGAUUCAUGUGCAAGGCGUAUAUGAUAUCCACUGGGAUAAACCAAUUUACGAGCAGUAUAUUCCUUUGCAUCAUGAGUGCUGAUCGAUAUAUAGCGGUGUGUCACCCCAUAGCGGCGCCCCGACUAAGGACACCUUUUGUCUCACGAAUAGUUUCAGCAGCGGCCUGGACGGCUUCAGCAUUGGUUAUGACGCCCAUUUUCAUGUAUACCACACUGAUACAAACUGAAAAUGGACUAUCGUGUAAUAUCGUGUGGCCAGAAAGAGAAUUCAAUAAAGGACAGGCCUCGUUCACGCUGUACUCUUUUGCACUUGGCUUUGCAUCGCCUCUAACCCUUAUCUUUGUCUUCUAUUGUCUCGUGAUAAGAAAGUUAAAGACGGUCGGUCCUAAGAACAAAUCGAAAGAAAAGAAGCGCUCCCACAGGAAAGUGACUAAAUUAGUACUUACGGUCAUAGCUGUAUAUGUGCUCUGCUGGCUGCCAUAUUGGGCUUUUCAAGUUGCUUUGAUAUAUUCACCACCAACAGAGUGCGCCAGUCGCAUUACAAUUACGGUGUUCCUUGUGGCAGCCUGUUUCAGUUAUAGUAACUCAGCGAUGAAUCCUAUUCUUUACGCCUUCCUAUCGGACAAUUUUAAGAAGAGUUUCUUAAAGGCUUGUACUUGUGCAGCAGGAAAGGACGUCAAUGCUACGUUGCAUGUUGAGAAUAGCGUCAUACCCCGAAAGAAGGGAGGAAGUGCAGCGCGUGCUCAAUCUCGUGCUCUAGCGGAAGCUCGUGGUCUCACAGGUCCACGAGAAGGUGCUUGUGGAUCUAGGUCUGAGGCAUCUACAGCAAUAACUUCGAGGUCCAUUGCUGCCAGCGAAGCUCUUCACAUGGAAACAAGACCAUCUACCUUGGCACCACUUAUAGCACCAAAUGGUGUUUCGCAUUCGCGUCUUUGAGUGCGGGCCUCGCGCCGGUGUCGCGAGGCCUCAGCUACACUGCUAGAGGAGGACACUUUAAUUGUUUCUAUAGAUUAGGGUUAUAAAGACUGGAAUAAUUGUGUGAUUGUGUCUGACAGCUGCGUGAGACACGAGCCCUGUCUCCUCACUUGUCGGAAUUACUAAGUUUAGAAUAAGGUUUAAUUCUUAAUGGUUUAUAUUCUACGAAAAUAAAUGUAAUGUGUGGACCUGCGUAUACGAGUACAAGUUUCUGGUAGGAAAUUGUUUAUAAGUGAUUGUCUCAAAUUGUAUCUUGUAAAGUGUUCGAUGGAUGGAUAAAACGAUGUUAUUUGGCCUAGGGUUGUAACGAAGAAUUUAUUAAUAUUUAGGUAGUUUAUCGCAAGGCGAAUAGUUAAUUUGUAUACCAUUAAUAUUGUUUAUUGUAUAAAUGUACAUAUCGUGUAAAUAUUCACACAAUUGUCACAAUUUCACAGUUAUAAUAAAAAAUUGAAUUCGUGAUGAAUAAAUUUUCUUAUUUGAA